AUGAAACCGUUUCUCAAUAGGGCUGGAAAUGUUAAGGUAUUUAAUCCCAUAUGGUACCAAUACCGAAGCCUUGUAGGAUUUUAUCCUACUAUAAGUCAGUUAAACAUUGACCCGCCAUCAACUAAUACAUUAGUGUCAACUAAAGGACAUAUCAAAUCUAUACGGGAAUUUAAAAAUAUAAAGUUCAUUGAUAUAUCAGACGGCUCCGGUCAUGAAAAUUUGAGCAUAGUUGUGAGGAACCCGGAGGUGGUUCUAUCAAAUGUGUCUUUAAAAGUUGGACAAAGUGUUGAAGCAGUGGGAAAGUGGAUUGAAUCGACAGGAAAGCAAGAUUUUGAAUUACUCAUUGGAGAAGAUUCCGACCAUAAAAUGGAAAUUAUAGGUGAUGUUACAGACCUGUACCCUCUUCAAAAAAAAUCCACGUCAUUCCAUUUUUUAAGAUCAGUACCAACUUUGAGACAUCGUACGUCAUCACUAGCUUCAAUACUAAGAUUCAGAUCUUUUAUUGAAAGCAAAUUCUUUGAAUAUUACAAUAAGAACGGAUUUAUAAAAGUGAAUCCCCCGUUAAUCACCAGCUCAGAUUGUGAAGGAGCAGGAGAGCAAUUUGUAGUGGAAUCUUUAAAGAUUGAAGAAGACAAGGACCAAGAAUUGUUCUUUGAUAAGCCUGCUUACCUUACGGUAUCCACCCAACUCCAUUUAGAAGUACUCGCCCUUUCUUUGAAUAGAGUAUGGACAAUGACACCUUGCUUUAGAGCAGAAAAUUCCAAGACUAAUCGUCAUUUGAGUGAAUUUUGGAUGCUAGAAGCAGAGAUAUGCUACAUCGAAGAUCUUCAUCAACUUACGGCAUUUGUGGAAGAUAUGAUCAGAUUUAUUGUCACUGAAUUGAAAUCAAAGAAGAAUAAGAUAGUAACCAGUCAAGAGCAAGAUUUGGUUGGCUCUAGAUUUAACAAAAAUGAAGUGAAAGAGAUGUCUGGCAGAUGGAGCACUCUUCUUUCACCAAAUAAGUGGCCCACAAUCACAUACUCAGAGGCAAUCGAUAUUAUAAAUAAAAUCAAAAACAAAGGGAGAUCAAAAGGAAGACUACAGUGGGGAAGCUCUUUACAAACAGAAGAUGAGAAAUGGUUAGCUGGAUCGCAUUUCAAUAGUCCGGUAUUUAUUACAGAUUAUCCUCUCUCUGAAAAACCUUUUUACAUGCCGAAAUCGAAAUCUUUCGACCCAGAACGACCAACUGUCUCUUGUUUUGAUCUAAUAGUUCCUGAAAUCGGAGAGCUAGUGGGUGGUUCUUUGAGAGAACAUAACUAUGAUAGUUUGAUUUUGGAAAUGAAUAGAAGAAAUAUGAAAAUCGAUGAUAUGGAGUGGUAUACGUCUACUAGAAAAAAUGGAUCUGUCCCCCAUGGUGGGUUUGGGAUGGGAAUUGAGAGGCUUGUCUCUUAUUUAGGUGCAAUAGAGAAUAUCAAGGAUGUUAUUCCGUUUCCAAGGUAUCCAGGAUCUUGCCAGUGCUGA